CAGUGAGCUCCAGCUGCUUGACGGUGAGACAUGGCGGAGUUUUCAGCCGCACAGAAAGGGCUCCUCCAGAGUUUCAACACUUUCAAAACACGCCGAGAGGACUUCAUUUAAGGACUGCGUCGCUUUCGAAGCAGAGCGGGGCUUAAAGAGGCAGGGACGUCGUUUAUUUUUUCUUUUCUGUUUUUUUUUUUCGAGAAGGACGGAGCUGCGGUGGGUGAAAAUGUGUUGUCAUCUUCGCGCAGUCAACAGCCUUGGGCAACAAAUAUGGCUACUUCUUGUGUAUCCUUCAGUUCGGGCUCAAACCCGUCCCGACUGGGAGAGUUUCGGUAAGUAGUCCGAAGUGAAGUUGACUACCAGAAAGAUUAAGAAGCUGGGUUUUUGUCCCCCCCCCCCCGAAGCUAAACCGAAACGGAGAGAGAGGAGGAGGAGGAGGAGGGGGAGAAGAGAGGAGAUGGAGCCCAAACAUAAAGAGUUGUUGGAGAAAUGCUACCAGAACUUGGUGGAGUCGGUAACAGAUGCGGACCGAGUUGUGGAUGUUUUGGCUCACUGCGGGACCCUCAGCCAGUCUGAACGCUACGAGCUGGGACACAACUGCUCCUCCAACUCGGAAAAAGUGGACCUUCUGCUGAAGAUACUCAUAAGUAAGGACAGGGACCAUUUCGCAGAGUUUUGCUCGGCUCUGGAAGCGACGCACCCUCACCUGCACUCGGUUCUGCUCAAUGGCAUCGGACCGGUGGAUCACACAACCGGGUCCACUUACAGCGUCUUGUCCACCAUGCCGUCAGACUCAGAAAGCAGCAGCUCUCUCAGCAGCUUAGGUACUCCUGGUCAAGCCUCCUCCCCUCCGCCUGCCCACAUGGAAAGCCACCAGGUGAACGAGAAGAUGGAGACCGUUCUGUUCCAGCUGAGACACGUGACACGCGAAAGGGACGACCUACGCAAACGUCUGGCCCUCUCUUCACCUGGAACCACCUUCGAUGACUGCAGACCAAACUCCAAAGCAGGUCAUGACUAUGAGCGUCUCAAGCUGCAGUGCAUGAAGGCAAUGGCAGACCUGCAAUCCCUGCAGAACCAGCAUAGCACCACCCUGAAGAGGUGCGAGGAGGCUGUGAAGAAAGCAGACUUCUACCAUACGCUGCACAGCCGUCUGGCCAGCGAGCACACCCAGCUGAAAGAGGAGCUGGAGGCGGUGAGACAGGACAACAUCCAGCUGGUGAGGGAGCACAACCAUGUGAAGCAGGCCUGCGAGGAGCUGAGGCGGCUACAUGACGAUGACCAGAGGGAAGUGGCUGAUAUGAGGAUGCUGCACCAGCAGGUGAUGAGAGAGGGGUCAUCGGACGUCCUUAACAAGCUGUAUGACACAGCUGUGGAUAAACUGGAAGCGAUGAAGAGUGACUACGAGGCUCUGAGGAAGCACUACAAUGAGAAGACGGCAAAUCACAACGCAGACCUGAGCCGUUUGGACCAAGCCGAGGAGGAGAACCAUCGGCUGCAGAAGCAGUUGGACAUGCUGCUGAAACAGAGAGAUGCUGCCAUCCACUACCAGCAGCAGUACUCUUCUUCUAUUAGAAGGUUUGACAACACGCAGCAAGAACUUUCCAAAGCCACAGCUCAGAAUAAGGAGCUGCAGCGUGAGAUGGACCGGCUCCAGUCAGAGACGACUCGGCUGAAGACCCAGCAGCUCAAGGCAGCGAAGGACAGUGAGAAAUACAAGGAGGAGCGGGACUCUGUGAUCAGCGAAUACCGCCUGAUCAUGAGCGAGCGGGACCAGGUGAUCAAAGAAGUGGACAGGCUUCAGACAGGCCUGGAGGUGGCAGAGGCAAAGCUCAAGAACACUUCCUCAGAGAGACGAGUAGCCAACGAGGAGCUCGAGGCGCUCAGACAGGAGCUGGCGUCAGCACUGGUGGACAGAGACCGGGCAGUGUGUGAAAAGAAUGAGCUGCUAGAGAAAUACUGCCACGAGGUGAAAGACAAGACUGAGGCCCAAAAGGAGCUGAGCCAGGCCUGCAAAGACAUCGAGACAGUGCGAGAGGAGAGGGACGUGGCCCGGAAGGAGAGGACAGAGGCCAUCAUCCAGAGGGACCAGCUGCUGCGAGAGUAUUACCAGGCCAGACAGAAACAAGACUGUGCCACUCUGGACAUGGAACGAGCCAACAAGGAGAUCGAGAUGCUGAGGAAGCAGUAUGAGGCCAUAUCUCAGGAGCUGAAGGAGGCCCUGCAAGAGGCCGAGGUAGCAAAGUGUCGACGGGACUGGGCCUUUCAGGAGAGAGACAAGAUAGUGGCAGAGAGGGAGAGCAUACGCACGCUGUGUGACAACCUGAGACGAGAGAGGGAUCGAGCUGUGAGUGAUCUGGCAGAUGCUCUGAGGAAUCUGGAUGACAUGAGGAAGCAGAAGAACGAUGCUUCGCGGGAACUCAAAGAACUAAAAGAAAAGUUGGAGGACCAGUUAGAAAAGGAAGCACGAUAUCGCCAGCUAAUGGCUCACAGUUCACAUGAUUCAGCCAUAGAUACAGACUCAAUGGAGUGGGAGACGGAAGUUGUAGAGUUGGAGAAGCACAGAGACAUGGAUUUGAAAGCACUUGGGUUUGAUAUUGCUGAGGGGGUAAAUGAUCCCUAUUUACCAGGAGACUGCGGCAUUUUUGUCACUAAGGUGGAUAAAGGAAGUAUUGCUGAAGGAAGGCUAAGGGUGAACGAUUGGUUGUUGAAAGUUAAUGAUGUGGACCUGACCAAUAAGGACAGGACGCAGGUGAUCAAAACGGUGCUGAGUGGGGAGGGAGUGAUCAAUAUGGUGGUUCGUAGAAGGAAGUCACUGGGAGGACGGAUCAUCACUCCGAUCCAGAUAAACCUGGCUGGACAGAAAGACAGCGGUAUAGGUUUGGAAAGUGGAGUGUUUGUUGCCACUUUGGCUGCAGGAAGUCCAGCUGCCAGGGACUGCAAUCUUACCGUUGGUGACAGACUGUUAGCUAUCAAUGGAAUUGCACUUGAAAACAAGUCACUUUCUGAAUGUGAGUCUCUGCUGAGAAACUGCCGGAGUUCUCUGAGCAUCUCCCUCAUGAAGUUCCUCCCUCAGAGCUCUUCUGGCCAGAGUUUAUUUGAAACUUUGAGAGACUCAGAAAAGACAUCUCGUGUCCAAACCUGUGAGGUCCACACAAGGAACUGCAGGAAUUCUAAGCACAACUGCUCCACACAAACUGAAAUUUGCAGCUGUGACUUGGGCAGCAGAGAGGAAGACACAUGUAAAGAUACAGGAGACUCUCUGGAUAGCAGCAGCAGCGCUCAUUCCCACCACAAUCCGUUUUCCAACAGCUCCCUACACUCCCGCUCCCUUUCCACUUCACACAGUUCUUCAGAGCCCCACCCAGAGUUCUGCUACAGGAGGCAGGACCUCCACCAUCGCCCCUUCACCUACACCCCUGUUAUAUCAGACUGCACCUCACCUCAAGCCACUGUGGACCAAGUACAGAGCUCACCCGUGAAGGCCAGCGGAGGCACUUGGCCUAAAGUUAUAGCAGGAGCUUCUCUUCCAGAGUGCACUCAGCUCUCAAUUUACAAAAAACCCAAACAGAGGAAGUCCAUCUUUGAUGUGAAUGCUUUCAGGAGACCCGAGACAACUCCAAAACUGGACUAUAUGUCUCUCUCUCAGUUGCCCAAGCACUCACCGCAGAGCUCAUUGUCUGAAUCUGCUCAGACGCCCCCCACCCCUCCAACCAGGAGUGACUCAUUUAGGUUCAAACACCGGCAGCAGAAUAGCUCAGCAUCUGACUCCACCAUCACUACAGGCACACCACCGGCCUCCCCAGCCCAAGCGACCAGCCGACAGGACGAAGGAGAGGUGGGGAAGCAGCAUUAUUACACCGAUGCUCCUCCAGGAGAGACAAAGACCAACUCCAUGAAACCCGCUGAGGAGGAGGGGAGUCGACAGAGGACACAGGUGAUGCAAAAGAAGAGGUACCGACCAAAAUCUGCACCAGCACUACGACGAAAUGUGACUCCAUUACACAUCCCCGUUCCCAUGCAGGUACAGAGUUUCUCUAAUGACGAACACUCCCCUGAACCGAUGGACUUGCUGCGCUUCUCUCCUAUGCGAACUAAUCGGUACAGCGUGCCAUUUGCACCUCCAAGCUACAGUAGCAUCACAGCACACCCAGCACAAAGAGGUUUAGCCCCAUGUCCCGCUGUGACAGCUGUCAUGAGGAACCCCGUCUACACAGCCUGGAGCCACGAGAUCCAGACCAACAACUGUCCUCCAGCUCCCAACUCAGGCAUUCACCCGCAUUCACACACAAGCCCCCAGCAUCAAGGUCGCCUCAGCUUGGACCUCAGCCACAAACGCACUGGAGACUUGACUGAGACGAGCGGCAGCCAGCCACCACACAGCACUCACUCCUUGCCCUCCAGCGCCAGACUGAGUUCCUCUGCUACGUUACAGUUUAGGGCAGAACGCAUUAAGAUCCCUCCAACUCGUUAUCCUCGCUCCACUGGAUCUGACAGAGGGUCCCUUUCACAUUCGGAGUGUAGCAGCCCGACCCCUCCCAUGUCCCCUGUCAACCUGGAGACAUCGUCUUUCACCAGCAGCCAGUCGCAGAGCUCCAUUUCCACCCAGCCCAGGAUAUCAGUCAGCCCUGCUCCAGUUGGUGACAGACGAAAGGAUGGAUUUGUCUGUUACUACACUCCCUCUGUUAGACUUCCACUGGCAGUUAAGCCCAAGUUCUUCUCUUUAAGAAGCUUGAGGCCAUACUUGGAGGAACCACGCAAUGUGACAGUGCAGAAAGGAGCAGAACCUCUCGGUAUCUCCAUUGUGAGCGGAGAGAACGGUGGAGUAUUUGUGUCCAAAGUGACAGCAGGCAGCAUCGCUCAUCAAGCUCGUUUAGAGUACGGAGACCAACUCCUCGAGUUCAAUGGAAUCAACCUUCGCAAUGCCAACGAGCAGCAGGCGCGGCUGGUCAUCGGACAGCAAUGUGACACAGUCACCAUUUUGGCUCAGUAUAAUCCUCACAUGUUUCAGCUGGGCAAUCACUCUCGUUCCGGUUCUCGGAUGGAAUCGAUCAGCAACCAGCCGACACCUCGAGACAGCGGAGCCACCACCCCAGACCGUCACUCCAAUGUUGAUGCACUGAGUGAGCAGGAUGAGGGCACCAUGACACCGCCAUCCAAGCUGACAACUCCUGCCACCAGUCCUCACAGCUCCUUCAGGCUUCCUGGUUCAAUUACACACAGGAGCGUAGAGUCUCGGCUGGUGAGGCUGAAGAGAAUCCAUGUAGAACUGGGAGUUCAGAUUUGUGGAGGAAAUCUUUAUGGCAUUUUUGUGGAGAGUCUGGAUGACGACAGCCCUGCUAAGAGUGCUGACGGCCUGUUGACUGGAGACUUGAUACUGGAGUACAAUGGCAUCAGCAUGAAGAACAAAACUAAAGAAGACGCUUACCUGGAAUUGCUGAAGCCGGCUGAAACAAUCACGUUCAAGGUCCAGAACCGUGUAGACAGCCUUGCUGAAAUCAAGGAUUCUCCUGGAGAUGGAUUUUUUAUAAGAGCACUUUAUGAGAAGGUGGCAGAAGUAGAGCAGGAACUGAGCUUUAAGAAGGAUGACAUCCUGUAUGUUGAAGACACAUUACCAAACGGCAAUUUUGGCUACUGGAUGGCCUGGCAACUAGAUGAAAAGGCACAGAAGCUGGAGAAAGGGCAGAUUCCAAGUAAAUACAUGAUGGAUCAGGAGUUCUACAGAAGACACAGCAUGGCUGAUAUGAAAGAUGACAAUGGCACCAGCAAGACGCUUUCUGCCGCUGCUCGGAGGUCGUUCUUCCGUCGCAGGUUAAAGCACAAACGCAGCGGAUCCAAGGAUGGCAAGGACCUCACGGCUCUGGAUGCCAUAAGCACAGAUUCUUUACCCAUCACAGAGGAUGGAGUGAGCCUGAUGUACCAGCGCGUUCAGAAGGUGGAGUGUUCGUCACCUAGACCAGUGCUGGUGUUGGGUCCUUUAGUGGAGGCCAGUAAGGACAUGCUGGUAAAGGAGGCUCCUGCCAAAUUCUGCCGCUGUCUGCCUGAAAUUAUGAAGGCGUCUCAGCAGGCAAUAGAGCGUGGGGUAAAAGAUUGUGUGUUCAUUGACUACAAACGGAGGAGCGGCCACUUUGACGUGACAACUGUUGCAUCAAUAAAAGAGAUCACAGAGAAGGACUGUCACUGUUUACUUGACAUUGCCCCUCACGCCAUCGAACGUCUUCACAGCGUUCACAUCUACCCAAUCGUCAUAUUCAUUCGCUACAAAAAUGCCAAGCAGAUAAAAGAGCAGAAGGACCCUUUGUACCUGCGGGAUAAACUCUCACAGAAACAUUCCAAGGAGCAGUUUGAGGCGGCACAGAAAGUAGAACAGGAGUACAGCCGCUUCUUCACAGGCGUUGUCCAAGGAGGCAGCGUCUCCUACAUUUGCACUCAGAUCAUGACCAUCGUGGAGCAGGAACAGAGUAAAGUGCUGUGGAUUCCAGAUGGAGCACCAUAGAAAUCUCACCUCACUACAUGUUGCGCAUAAACACUAGACAGGGUGUGAUUUUUAUUAUGGGAUACAGAAUAAAUCGGUACGCCGCAGACACAUACAUGAUUUAGCGUCCAAUACUUUUUCCUCAUAUUCCAAUAUCAGCACUGAUGAUGAUCAUGCAAUAUUCCCACUACAAUAGUAAUGUACUGUACUGCAGAUAGAUUUGUUUACACUAGUAUUUAAUACUUGAAUGUUUUAUCCUCCCUCAUAUCUAGUAGCACUCCUUUAAUCCCACUUUUUCCCAUGAACAUGUCGGACCACAAGAAGUCAAGAUCGGCGCAAACUGAAAACCUUAUUCUUGAAAUGAAGUUUAAAUGGACCACUGUGUUCCUUUGUCUAUAUUUAUACGCAUUUUCCUGCCAUUUAAUUUAUCUAAUCAAAUCAAAGAUGUUGGUUAUGAACCUUUUGUUAUACAAAUGUAGUUGUCUAGUUAAUAGGAAGGAUGAUAUUUUACUAUUAAUGUUCUUAUUUAUAGAGGAGAAGCUGUGGCAGAUUUGCUUCCUUCACAUUAUGUUGCAGUCUUGUGUUUUUGUUAUGUUGUCUGAAUGCACCAUUCUUUUUUUCAUUUCAGUCCUCGAACAUAAUAUUGUGCCAAGCUAAAAAUAUUGGUUAAUCCCUAUACACUCUUGAAUUUAUUAACACUACAACUUCCAUGGUAAAUCAUCCAGCAGGUUUGUGAGUUUUAACCAUUUAGCCUGGGUUCGUGUGUUCUACUGGUAUUGCCAACGUUGUUCCUCUUUGUCAAGUGGAUUUUUUGUUUGUUUGUUUAAGAAGGGACGCUUCAUUUCUGGUUCAUGGUUGGCUGUCAGCUAAACACAUGCACAUCUUGAAUUUUCAGUAAAAUCAACAUUUCACCUUCAAGUCAGAUGAAACACUUUAGGGCAGGUUUUUCUCCAAAUGAAGGUUUCUUAUGAAAUAUUAAAAACCGAGCACAGUUAA